GGCUAAAUGAGGUUCCUUUAAAUGAGUUGAUAGACCUGGCAGCUCAUGAUUGCGUCGUGCGCCUUACCUUGAAGCUCUUUUAAUCAUCUUCAAAUCUACCAAAGACUGUUAAGAAAAAUGGCAUCGACAGCACCGGGAUCGAUCAAAGUAUUACUACUUACCAAAACUUGCGGCUAUCGUCAUGACUGCAUUCCCACCUUGAUUUCAGCCUUCAACUCACUACCAUUCUCCGUAAGCGCUACUGAAGAUUCAAGAGAACUGCUCUCUCUUUCAGACUACGAUGUCGUUGCUCUCGGACACAACACCGGCGAUUAUUUGAAUGAAGAGGAAGUCACCUCUCUGUUAAAUUUCGUCGAGAAUGGCGGUGGUGUUGUAGGCAUUCAUGCUGCCACAUCAGGCUUGAAGACAAACGCAAGGUAUACCAAGAUUUUAGGCGAAGUGUUCAAUGGUCACCCGCCACCACAAUGGAUGACUCUUGCUGUCGAAACUCCCGAGCACUUCAUCAACGGGUAUGAGCCUCUUCCUGGUCCAGACUCUGCACCAGAAGAAGCUCAUGCCUGUCCUGUCAAGACAGAGUCUCUUCCAGCGAGUCAGUUUCCCUGGUUUGACGAGGUGUAUACGUUCAGAUCUCACCCGCGUAUCGAAGGCCGCACAAUCUUACUUUCGGUGCGGGGGGAUAACGAGGAGAGCGCUGAAUCGGCCGGCUUUCCGUUGUCGUGGACUCAGACGGUCGGGAAGGGAAGAGUGUACUACACUGCUCUGGGCCAUUUUGAUGAGGCAUAUAAGAAUGCAUGGUUCAUGGAAAGCUUGCGCCGAGCUGUGGUAUGGACUGCGAAGAAGGAUUGAGGGCAUGCUUUAUGAGACAACAUAUUGGUGUAACAAACCAUUGGGGUGACAGGACGCAGAUAGAGACGAACUAGAUACUGUAUCAGUCUCCUCCGGUAGCUUUGCUCGCUCCAGAUCUUUUAAACAAAGCUGUUUCGAAGGAAAUA